AUGAAAUACGAAAACCAUGUGUCCAGAUGCCAUUUGGCUGGUUUGAUACAGGAUUUGGUUCCUCCAGACCCCAGGCUGCAUUUCCACAAAUUUGGCUUGCACGAAUUAGUAGUUUCGCUAGGUUCCUUGGCCUUUUUAUGUGAAGACUAUGGGAGUGAGAGGCGUAAUACUGCGGCCGACAACUCGGCCCUGCUGCCAUGUGAGAUUGCAGACCAGGAGGGGAUAUCAGACCCUAGUCGCCAGUGUCCUGUGGACCCACGCCAGGCCGACAUACAGCUCCGGUGUUCCCUACACGAAAAUGGUGAAGCUAUAUCGGAUACAGUGACUGUGUGUCUCAAUCGUAACCAGCUUACAGGCUAUCACGACGUAUAUCCCGGUAUUGAUGCACCGAGGUACCAUCGAGUGAAGCACCGCAAUACGUACAGCAGAGGUUCAAAAUCGCCAAUCUUUGGAAAACACAGCGCUUAUUGCUGUUCACUCCGACGUUACGCAGGUAAGAGUUGCGAAUUCAGGCUGCGGAGGCAUUUAAAAUGCCUCGUCGCAGCCUCCGUUAUGGAGGGAUCUUCGACCGAAGAGUGUUGGUAUGCCGAGUUGACAAAGUUGAUGUCUGGUUUUAAGUUUGGAAGAAAGUGUGAUAAUGAGGAAUUUGCCAAACCAGCAGUUAAAAGCCUAUUUCGGCGUCAUCGACAGCGGCGCCGCAAGUGGCAUGCACGACAACAUGACCGAAUAAAGGUUCCAAUUAUUGUCCAUAUAGACACAUUUCUACGAUUCCAGACUCCUAAUUGGCGGUACAAACAGUGCUCAAAUCUCGUCCUGCGAAGCGAGAUUUUUAUGGCUGGUCUGCUAUUCGCGAAGUCGCAAUUGGACAUAACGCCAAGAAACAGUUCCGUGAACGGUUACGUAGACAUGUUUUAUGCUCGCGAAUCCCCACUGACGGAGCAAAAUGAAGUUUGUAACAUCCAUUCUUGCUGCUGCAGCCCCGCCCAACGUCGCGUUUGCGCAUCCCACCUCACCAGGAUAUGCGAGGAUUUAAAACGCAUCAUUUCCUUCAUUUACCGCAACAACUCUCUCAUAAAUAUGUCUCACAUGGGACCAUAUCGCUAUCUUAUGUACUUUUACUUGCAGGUUCUUGCCUUUUCGGGGAGCAUUGCCAUUGAGCGCUGUGCAGAAGGGAUUCCGAGAGCCAUAUUGACAGUGGGUGUAGUUCAAGUGGAUAAAUUUGUAUCAGCCAACCGGUGUACCGCCUUUUCUACUCUUCAUAUGAUGCUACAUUCGGGGGGCAAGCGUACACAGUUAUCGCAUGCGCCCGGUUGGCUGUCCGAUCGUUACAGUAGUGACCGAACGCUCUCUCCAGGUUGUGCCAACAUGUCGAAGUUGGAACGUUUAUUUGCUACAGAUGACCAGCGCUAUAGGAAUCGUGUUUGGCGUCGUCGCGUGGGAAGUAUCUACCUUGGCCAGGGAUGCGAAGAAAAUACAAUACGAAGGAUAGUUCGUAUGACGCAUAUUAUUGACAAUGCCCCCGUAUGUGGAAUGCCUACAGUUCUGGGAUUCAUCCAAGCCCCAGCUUUUUACAGGGACCAAUAUAUGAUUUGCCCCAUGAUGGCCGAAACUUUGAGUAUUAACAGCAGGAUGUUCGUCCCUGGUGGCGGGCUUUCCUUCUUUCCGGAGCCACCAGAUAUAUCGUUUCUGAAAUGCUUGUUAUCCACGCCCCUAUACAGUGUAAGUAGUGCCCCAGGAACAUUGGACACUUUUGAUGUGACUGGAUCGCGUGGUCGCAUCGGUUACCGGAAGAUAAACGAGUUGGUGUGGCGGUACCAGCGGCUCAUGUCCUUGUCAGGAAGUGCGUUGAGCACCUUCCUCCGUUUUGUUGACUGGAGCUCGCCAACAGAGUGUUAUGCCGCGAUACGAGCUAUGUAUGCGUGGCAAGAACCUUGUUUAGGCACGCUUCUGGAGCUUGUUUCACGCGACUUUGCCCCGCCUCAUGUGCCUAAAGAGGUGCAGGAGUACGCAUGUGAUCUGUUGAUUAGGAAGUAUACGACGAAAAAGUUGGUUCGGUUCUUACCUCAGCUGGUCGUUGCCCCAGGAUCGCGCAGGGUUAUUCACCACUUGAUAGAAGCAUGUCGCACUGACCACGAAAUAGCUAUCAGGAUGUAUUGGGCGCUGGAGAGCUGGGAUAAGCCAAUUACACGCCCAUCGCAUGAGAUGACCCAUUUUCUCGGCGUGAUUCAGGCAGGUGGUGAAAGUCAAGGCGUAUUUCACGCUAUAAAGUCUCAGCGCCUGUUGCGACAGCGCUUAAAUUUUCUCAUGCAACAGUUGAAAUCGACUUCGCAUGGUCACACUGGGAGAAGCGCCACCUUGGCUGGAGCGCUUCAAAGCGAAGACGUGCGUGAGCUUUUCCACGGCUUGGGAACUUGCAUGGGAUCUGAUGCGAACGUUAGGUUCAAUGUACAGCUACCUUUAUUCAGCAACCCAUCAUUUUGGAUACGAUCCAUUGACACAGGUCGCUGCAGCGUCGUCAAAACGAGUCACGACCCCCUUCUUUUGGCGUUCUACGUGUCCGAUAUUGCAGCUGCUCAGCAAGGACUGGAUAGCGCUAGUUCCUUAGCAGAGCACACGGGAACAAAAAUUUCUUCACAAAGGGAGGGACACUUGCAUAUGAGAUACGUGAUGUUCAAAAACAGUGAUGACCUUCGUUUGGAUCAAUUGUGCCAACAGAUCGUCAAGGUCGCGGACGUUCUCCUGAGGCGUCAUGGCGUGGAGUCGUAUAUAAAAAGCUAUGAGGUAACCCCGACGAGUUCCAGGGACGGUUUCGUGGAGUUUUUGAUGGAAACGAAGUCGCUUUCUGCUGUUAUGGCUGAUCACGGCAGCGUCGAAGCGUAUGUUUUAGGUGAUAACCCGUCACUUGUAGACGCGCUGACCAAACGCCUGAACUUCGUCGGCAGUCUGGCCUCUUACAGCGCGUUGACGUACCUUUUGGGAAUCGGGGAUCGCCACAACGACAAUCUGAUAGUGAGCCGCAGCGGUCACGUGGUACAUGUAGACUACGGGUAUGUGUUGGGGUCAGACCCGAAACCGUUUUCUGCCCCUCCCUUUAAAUUAUCGCCUGAGUUGUUAGAAUUUCUGGGAGGGCACAAUUCUUACUUCUACCACCGUUUCAAGGAACGAUUCUAUCUUGUGUUCACGAUAUUGCGCCGCCAUGCAAAGUUGAUUAUCAUGCUGUUAUACAUAUUGGUCGAUAGCAAUUUGAAAAACGUGAAUCUUAGUGCAAUGGUCGAGAUGGAAUCUAAGUUCAUGCUUACAGAACAUCGAGACUAUGACUUGCGCCAGCACGUUAAUUCUCUGGUUGAGACUUCUGCCUCGGCUUGGACCGCCACAUUGUCUGAGAAGUGGCAUAAGUUUGCGAUGAGAUGGACUUGA